AUGAGUGCUUAUGAAGAUGAUAUGACACAUAAGGCAACAACAUUUGGCAUGAAAAGUGUCAUUUACGUACCACAAAUCAAAUCAGAUACGGUCGCAGCAUUAUCUGCAUUCUGUGACAAGGCCACCAUGGGUGUUUUGGUUGCUCCAACUCUUUCAAUAGGAUCAAUAUUAUUACAGCAGGCUGCAAUUUCAGCUUCUUUUCACUACCGCAACGUCGAAAUCGUGGAAUCCAAGGAUAAUGCAAAUGUAAUAGUUUGUCUCGGUGAAAUCUAUAACAGAGAAGAAGAUUCCUCAACAGAUGUUUUGGCAAGGGGUCAAGUUUUGGGAGAUGGAAUUCGUGUGCAUAGUUUGGUCUUACCAGAGCUUCCUUCAAGUAUAACAGUUCACUUUUCUAGUCUAGGAGAGAUUUACACCAUCAAGCAUGAUAUUACAGAUGUACAAUGUCUCAUGCGAGGGUUGCUGUUAGCCAUUAGAAAAGUAGUGCGACUCAAGUUACCUCAACUAUUUCAAGUUUUGCAUUCCCUUGAACUCUUACAAACUAUGCCGCCAAAAAAGUCCAAGAAGAAGAAUAUAUCUACUCAACAUAACAUGAAGAAGUCACUCAACCUUUGA